AAUUUAAAUAAGAAUCAUUUAAAUAUGUUCAGAAGAGAAGACUUCAAAAAAGUAGACUUGUUAGGAUCUGGUAAGAAGAAUACCAAGAUAUUCAAAGCUCUUCACAAGCCUAGUAAGAAAUACUUUGCUCUAAAAGAGAUUGAAGCUAAGAAUAUUGAGAAGCUGAAUGAGUACAAAGAAGAGGCUGUCCAACUGAUGAAAAUUAAAAAUCAUCCUAAUGUUUUACAGACUUACAACUACUAUUUCUACGAGACUCAAGUCCAGACUUUCAGACUUGCUAUUGUCUGUGAGCUGAUGGAUGAAAACAUGAAUUUAGAAAGGAUCUUCAGGAAAAAGAAACAGAAAGGUCUCUACUGGUCUGAGAAAUCUCUUGAGAAGCUUAUAGUGUCUCUAAUUUCUACGCUCAGUUUCUUACAGAGUAUUGGAAUCUGCCAUAGAGAUAUCAAACCAAGUAAUUUAUUCAUCAUGCCCAAUGGAGAGAUGAAAGUGAUUGAUUUUGGAGAAAGUAAAGACCACUUCAGUGAAUCCGAUGACGGAGGUGAUCCUACCCUUGCAACUAUCAGAGGCACUCCUCAGUAUCUGAGUCCUAUACUUUGGAAGGCUUAUGUGGUAGAUAAGAAUACAAGACACUCAACUCAUAAUAUUUAUAAGUCUGAUGUAUUCUCAGCUGGCCUGGUCUUCUUUCAAAUUGCAUCGAUGGAAGAUGUAACAGGAUUUAAUAAUCUUAAUGAAGGGGAAGACAUGAUAGAAAGAGGACUCAGAAAACUCAGAAAAAGCUUUUCUGAGCAUAUAUGAGAGAUCCUACGUCUCAUGCUAAAGUUUGAAGAAGCAGAAAGACCUAGCUUUGUUGAACUAGCUAAGCUUGUCCUUACUAGUGAGGAGAAUACUUUGCAAUCCCCUGCUGAGGAGAAGAAAGAAGGAGAGGGAGAUGAAGAAAAUAAAGCUGACAAUGAUUCACUAGCUGAAGAGUCUAAAGAGCCUUCAGUGUUACCUAACCCUCCAAAUCACCCAAUAUCUUCAAGUUUGGGCAACAACAGGAACCAUUGGGAGUCAGCAGAAGUAAAUGCUCCAGUGGGGAAUUCGCCUCAUAUUAAUUCUACUCAAGACUCUCUUCCUUCUCAUAAGAACUCUGGAGACGCUUUUAUGACUCAAGCUGAUCUUUUCAGAAAUUAUGUUGAACAAAAUAAUCUUUUCGUUACAUAUGGAACUCAAAUGUUCUGGUUUGAAGCAGGGGGUAGAAGAGUAGGGAAAGUUCCUUUAAACAUCGACCCUGAUCUCGAAGAACCCCUUAAAUGGAAAACCCAUGCUAAGUCAUCAACAGAGUUUCAUAGCCACGUGGUUGUUAUCUCUGGAAAUGAGGAAGGAGAGUUCUUUAUUCUCGGAGGUGUUAAGAAAAACUGCUUUAACUAUAAAGACUCAGUAAUGGUUGAGAAGGCUCCAAUGCCUGAAAAAUCAUUCUUUUCAGCUGUAAAUCUCAAAGGCAAGAUCUAUACAUUUGGAGGCUUUGACAUCUUUGACAAGAUCCAGCUUAAGCAAUGAGAGCAAUAUGAUAUUGAGAAAGAUGAGUGGACUCCGAAUGAUAGUUCAGGAAACCUUCAUACUGGAAGGUCCCAAUCUUCCUCAUGUGUCUUUGAAGAGACAAUAAUUUACAUCUUCGGUGGUUACAACAAAGAAAUAGGAACUCUUGGAUCUGUUGAAAGAUAUGAGGCCGAUAAAGGCGUGAUGACUGCUCUCAAGAUAGAAAUGCCAACUCCUCUCAGAAGGUUCUCUAGCAUAAAGAUAUCUACCACAAAGAUCUUGCUGAUAGGUGGAUUGGAAAAGCUUGGGAAAGAAUCUGACGCAGUCUUCUGCAUGGACAUCGAGUCAGAAUACAGAAUUGAAAAACUAGACAAGAUAGACCGCGCAGGAGUUAUUGACUACCCCAUCUUGAUCGACACAGUGGGAAAUAUCCACUUGUUCGUAGAAAAAGAGUGUGGCUCCUUACCUCCCUUUGAUGUGUCCUAUUCCUUCCUUGAAUAUUCUUAA